AUGAAGAGUUCAUUUAUAUUGCUACCGGCCCUAGUGGCGGCCGUUUGGUCAAUUCCAACGCGCACUGACUACAUCCUCCACGAACGUCGCGAUGCUAUACCAAGCCACUGGGCUGGCGAGAAGCGUUUGGACGGCCAGACCAUACUACCUAUGCGAAUUGGUCUGACCCAGUCUAACUUGGACCGGGGUCAUGACCUUCUGAUGGAAGUGUCCACGCCCGGUUCCCAUCGGUACGGCGACCACCUGACGGUUGACGAGGUCCAUGAUCUAUUUGCCCCCUCUCAAGACAGCGUAGAUAGCGUGCGCUCGUGGCUGGAGUCCGCAGGAAUUGCCCCGGAUCGUAUUACCCAGUCGACAAAUAAGCAAUGGCUCCAGUUCGAUGCCGGCACCAACGAAGUCGAACAGCUUCUGAAGACCGAGUUUUACCGUUACUCGCACGCCGGCACUGGCCGGUCCCAUGUGGCUUGCCGGGAAUACCACGUCCCGGAAACUGUGCAAUCGCACAUCGACUAUAUCACGCCCGGUGUCAAGCAUCUGGAGAUUCGGGAGGAGCGACCGGCUGAAAAGCGUAGCCGUGAAAAGCGGUCCUUUGGUAUUCUCCCACCAAUCCUCCGGCCAUUGACCCUGCCUUUGGAGGAGCUACUAGGUCAGUUGUUAGUAUUGUGUGAUGUCGCUGUAACACCUGCCUGCAUUCAGGCCAUGUACAACGUAACCGACGGCGACAAAGCGACGAAGGGCAAUGAGCUCGGUAUCUUCGAGGAUCUAGGUGACAUCUACAGCCAGGAUGACCUGGACCUCUUCUUCUCGACUCUCGCCCAUAAGAUCCCCUCUGGCACACACCCAAUCCUCAACGCCAUCGACGGCGCCCAAGCACCAGCCGACACCACGAACGCCGGCACAGAAUCAGACCUCGACUUCGAGAUCUCGUACCCACUGAUCUGGCCCCAGAACUCGGUCCUCUUCCAAACCGACGACCCUGUCUACCAAAACAACUACACCUACAACGGGUUCCUCAACAACUUCCUCGACGCCAUCGACGGGUCCUACUGCAGCGAGACCUCCCCACUGGACCCACCGUACCCCAACCCAGCGGACGGCGGCUACAAAUCCCCGCGCCAAUGCGGCGUCUACAAGCCCACAACCGUCAUCUCGAUCUCCUACGGCGGCGCCGAAGCCGACCUCCCGAUCGCCUACCAGCGCCGCCAAUGCCAAGAGUUCAUGAAACUGGGCCUGCAGGGCGUGUCCAUCGUCGUGGCCUCCGGCGACUCCGGCGUGCAGGGCCGCGGCGGCUCGCCGACGCCCAGCGGCUGCCUCGGCAACGAUAACAAGGUCUUCGCCCCGGAUUUCCCAGCAACAUGUCCCUACCUCACCACCGCGGGCGGCACAUACCUGCCCCCCGGGGCGGACGUCCACGCCCACGAAGAACAAGCAACGACCAGCUUCCCCUCCGGCGGCGGAUUCAGUAACAUCUACCAACGGCCGGCGUACCAGAACGCCGCCGUCGAGGAAUACUUCAACACCACCCAGCUCUCCUACCCCUACUACGAAAGCGUCGAUAACAGUAGCUUUGCUGCCAACGGCGGAAUCUAUAAUCGGAUCGGGCGGGCCUAUCCCGAUGUUGCUGCUAUUGCGGAUAAUGUGCUGGUUUUUAACAAAGGGUUGCCGACGCUGGUCGGGGGGACGUCUGCCGCAGCGCCCGUUUUUGCGGCCCUGUUGACCAGGAUUAAUGAGGAGAGACUUGCCGUUGGGAAGAAGACGGUGGGGUUUGUGAAUCCCGUGCUGUAUGCUAAUCCGGGGGUGUUCUUUGAUGUGACCAAGGGGAGUAAUCCGGGCUGUGGCACGGAGGGUUUCCCGGCUGCGAAGGGGUGGGAUCCGGUUACUGGGCUUGGGACACCGAAUUAUCCACAGUUGGUGGAGUUGUUCAUGGGAUUGGAUUGA